AUGGACAAAAUCACCAAGCAGUCCCCGUCAAUAGAGUGGAGCGAGCUAUUUGCGCGAAACCCCUCCUAUGAGCCGACCACAUACAAGGCACUCGACAACCUUGCGUCGCAUGAUGACCUCGCUUUUCUGCAUGCCAAGUUCUGGAACGAGAUCCGAGAAUGGACCCGGAAUGACAUCACGGAAAUGUCCCGUAUUGUCCACAUAGAUCUCACGGGACCCGGAAGCAUUUUUAUCGGGGGCAUGAACCAUGCACUGAACGAAGAUAUCCUUGUAAAAAAUGACAUACAGGUCGUUAUUGCUAUCCAUCCCAAAGACUCACUAGCAUGGGACAAGAACAACACCUCAUACGGGCUACAACGAUUCUACCCCGACGAGAACGGCGUGAUAAGCAGCAUCGUGAGGUACCCACUUAUCAUCCCUCUCGAGGACAACGCCAACUCUAAUCUUAUCGACCAUUUCGAUGAGACUAAUGAGUUUAUCAAGAGGCAUAGCGGCGAGGGGAGGAACAUCUUGAUACACUGCAAAUCCGGGCGCUCACGCUCCGUCGCAGUGCUGAUCGCGUAUCUGCAACAGAAGCUCUGCUCCGAGAAAGGACUCGCGUCUUUGAAGAAUAAGACUGCGGCGAAAGAGCAGAUGCGGAUACACCGCGAAGAGAUCACAGAGGCGAUACGUGCGCAGCGUCUCCCGGUCAUUGUCAUAAUGGAACGGUUUAAUGAGCUGUUGGCACGUUACGACCUUAAACUCAUCGAGGAUCCGGAGUAUAGGAGCGAGAAGGCUAAUGGGCUUUCUGCUUCUGAGGUCAUGGAAUCCACAGCUCCGAAGCUAGACAAACAGCCUGAGCUUAUAACAAAGAAGCAGAGUAAGGUGGUGCAGACAAAAGGUGGUGCGGCGGUGCUCAAGAUAUGCGUUGCCACGGCAUUCUUUAAGAACGGCCAGAAGCCUACAGAAGCCGUGGUACAUCAAUUCUUCGAAGUCAAUGAGGCCUACUUCUACGAGCUACAAGGGCUAGAGUACAAGGGAAGGUCAUAUGUUGGCUCUCAACAUGCAUGUCUCGGCCUCGUGGAGUUUUGCUUUAGCACCCCCAGCGGCGGCAAGUCAUGGGGCUGUUGCCAUGAGACAAGCUGCUACAUACCCGCUGCAUGCGAAGAUGCUUCAGCUCCCGAUUGUGGAGGCACAGUUGCCUCACUCUGCCCUUACUCUCCCAUCAUGAAAUGUGCAUAUGGAGCCUCGUCGCGAUGCGUCUACUUUAUUUACCAAACAGCCUCUGACGACAGCGCUAAACUUACGUCCUGGGGUUGCGAUACAACGCCGACAACGUACAUCAUCGGACCGCUACAGGCUGAGCAAACCGUAUCAGCAACGGCCUCGACGACGGACGAGAGCAACUCAAGCUCUGGUCUUUCAAAAGAGACCACGAUUAUUCUCGCCGUGAUUCUCCCAGUUGUAGGUUUGGCGGUUCUUAUUGCUGCAACCGUAUUGUUCCUCCGGCGGAAGAGGAGAGUGAGCAACGCGAUCACUGCGCCCAGUCAGGGUACAAGACCUGAGAUGGGGCAGGCUACGGGAUUCGCGACUACCCCUGCACUACUUCUGUAUGAGAUAGAUGACGAUGCCUUACGGCCUGAACUAGAUAGCCGUGAAGUUCGUUGUGGGGCUAAUUGA